AUGUCUACAACAGAGAUUCCAACCUGCCGGUGGGGCAUUAUCACAACGGGUCAAGCCUCGUCAUGGUUCGUGACAGAACUGGUAGUCGAGCAUAUCAGCAACAAGGCGCGGCACAUCAUACAAGCAAUCGGAUCAUCAUCUCUGAUCAAGGGCAAAGAGUUCGCGGCCAAGUGUCUGAAGGAUGCGCCUAACCAGCAACCCACCAUCUACGCCAGCUAUGCCGAAGUCUAUGCCGAUCCACACGUAGACUGCGUCUACAUUGGUAGCCCACACGGUCUCCAUAAGCAACAUUGCCUGGAGGCCAUAGCUGCAGGCAAGAACGUACUUUGCGAAAAGGCCUUUACUAUGAAUGCAAAAGAGGCUCUGGAAGUGUUCGAUGCUGCCCGACGAAAAGGCGUUUAUGUCGCUGAAGCAAUGUGGCUUCGACACCGGCCUAUUGUUGCGGAGCUAAAGAAGCUACUACAUGUUGAGAAAGUCAUCGGCGAGGUGUACAGGACCACGUCGGACUUUCAAAUGUGCCUUGAAGUCGCAGAGCUGCCACCGACGUCGCGGUUCAGAGAUCUGAGCCUUGGGGCAGGUUCAUUGCUUGACAUCGGUGUUUAUUCAUUGACAUGGGCCCUCUUGACCUUGGAGGGUGGGACCCCGCCACGCGACGAAAAGCCGAACGUCGUGGCCGCGCAGUCUUUCGUUGACGGUAUUGAAGUCAUGACUAGCUUGAUCCUGAGCUACCCUACUAGCGGUCGGCACGGAAUAGUCACAACGUCGAUGCAGCAAAGCCGACGGGCAUCUUCAGUUAUAGCCACCAUUGACGGGACUGACGGCUUUAUUGAAGUCGAGGGGACCGCACCAUCGCAUCCGUCCUCCUUCAUCGUGUACCCAAAGUGGACCACGGGAUGCGACUCAAAACCUAGAGGCACCAGGUAUAACUUCCCGGUUUCGCAACAGGGCUUCAUAUACGAAGCUGACAAUACGGCUCUUGAUCUUGCCUCUGGGAGAAAAGAAAGCUUGAUCAUGCCCUGGUCGGAAACGGUACGGGUUAUGGAAAUCAUGGACGAAGUAAGACGCCAGGGAGGCACCAAGUAUCCAGUGGAUUGA